AUGCAUCCAACCCUCCUAGGCCUACUAGGCCUAACCACCCUAGCAACAGCCCGCUACGCCCUCAACAUCCCGCCAACACUCUCCACGGGCCCCAUAACCGCCGACUACCUCACGCCCUCCCUCGACCAAUCCGACCUAGACAGCCCCAAGCUCUCGCACGCCAACGCCUCCACGUUCGACUGGUGGCACUUCGACGCAAUCGGGAUCGAGAACCCCAACGCCAGCGUCGCAAUUACCUUUGCCAAUGCCGGGCCCGACGGGUAUCCGCUUGACAGGCCGGGCAUUGGCAAUUUGACGCAGCCUCUCCCGGGUAAUGGGACUGGGACGGGGUUGAAUGGGCACUCCCUCUGGGCGCAUAUCUGGGUGACUUUUGCGGACGGCAGGCGGUUUCGCCAUGUGCAGGCUGUGGACAGUGCGCGGAUGCAUGGGAGUGGGGAUUCCAGUGUGGCGAUUUGGCAUGGGGCUGGUGGGUGGAUGGGGAGUGAGGAGGGGUAUGAGGUUGAGUUUGAUGUUGGGGAUGGGGUGAAUAUUACGGGGGGGAUUAGUAUGGAGAGGAUAACGCCCUCGCACUCCCGCUGCUCAACAGCCUCGGAUUUCAGCGCUGCGCUUGAUAUCGGAGACUCGGGGCUCGGCUGGGUGGCUGUUAUGCCGGAUGCGAUUGCCAGGGUGGAUGUCAAUGUGAAUGGCGAGAGGCUGAGCUUCGAGGGGUAUGGGUAUCAUGACAAGGUCUGGUCAUCUCGCCCAUUCACCUCAUCCACAAAAUCCCUGCAACGCGGACGAGCCCAUCUAGGACUCUACUCGGUUCUCUGGCUGUCGUAUACCAGUGAAAACAACCCGAACCAGGAAGUCGUGAGUUCGUUCCUGGCGCGGGACGGGGAGAAUGUGAAUGCAGGGUGUGCGGAUGGAUCAGUGACGAUUAUCGCCGGGCAAGAACAGACGGAGGGAGGGCUGGUCAGUGGGUUCCAGGUUGGGAUCCCGGGGGCGCAGGUGAAUGUUGCGGCUGAUAACGAGGAGAGAGGGGGACAGGGGGCGCAUCUGCGGUGGAAUGGGAGGGCGAGAGGGAUGGUGGAGGGCGUGGACGAGGAGGGCGUGGCCAUUUUCGAACGGUUUGAGUAUUGA